AUUCCUCAAAUCCUGCUUACCAUCAUCCCUACCGUGCACUUUCAUUACCAGCUUCAGUCUCCUUCUCAGGUUGGACGGUGAAACACGCACCGCCAUCCCUUUGCCCUUCUCAUGUCCACACCCUUUGCCCUUCACCCUCACAGCCCAUUACGUACCCAUCUUCAUUUUUACUACCACUUUACCUACUUAUACCCCUCCGUCCCACUCACUAGCAUUCCACAGUCCUCCUCUUGUCCUCUAAAGUCAUUUGUUCGAGAAAGUACGUGACAUCGAUACACUGACGCCAUGUUUUUACCGACGGUAGCGGCUUUGCUGAUGAUGAUGGCCAGGAUGGUGUAUCUUCGUAGGGCGGGUCGCUGCACCUCCACUCGCAGUUUGGCCGGAAUGACUGCUAUCGUCACAGGGGCGUCAGCAGGCAUCGGGAUGGAGACUGCUAAGGAUCUGGCAAGGCGCGGGGCACGGGUGAUUCUCGCCUGCAGAAAUCUGAAGAAAGCACAGAUGGUGGCCGACCACAUCAUCUCGGAAACAGGCAACAGGAAAGUGGUGGUUCGUCUGCUGGACACCUCAGAUCUCUCCUCCGUCAGGCGCUUCGCGAAGGAAAUACUGCAGACAGAGGACACCAUCCAUAUUUUAGUGAACAACGCAGGUAUCGCAGGCAAACAGAUGCGGGAAGUGACUGGUGACGGCCUAGAGCUGACCAUGGCUACCAAUCACUAUGGUCACUUCCUGCUGACCAACUUGCUUCUCAAGCGCCUGAAGCAGAGUGCGCCUAGCCGCAUCAUCAACGUGUCUUCAGUCGCACACUUCUUUACGUGGAAUAUCAACUUGAUGGAUCUCAAUUUCGAGAAGAGGAGCUACGGCACUCUUGAAGCGUACGCGCAAAGUAAACUGUGCAAUAUUCUCUUCUCCCUCGAGCUGGCCGACAAACUGCAUGGCUCGGGAGUCACCGUUAACUCCCUCCACCCUGGCACUGUCGGGUCAGAGUUCUUCGCGCGAGACGAUUUGGCAGUUACAUGGUUCCGCAAACUUUUCCUAUUUUUCGGCAAUCUCGUGCUUAGAUUAUUCGGCAAGGACAAUAAGCUGGGCGCCCAGACCACCAUUCACCUGGCAGUGUCGGAGGAAGUGGAAGGCGUGACGGGGAAAUACUUUGAUGAGUGCAAGGAGGCCACCGCCUCAUGGCUGGCGAGGGACAGCAGCCUGGCGAAGGCACUAUGGGAGAUUAGUGAGGCGGACGUCCAGCUCGCGCCCAAUGAGAUUUUUUAUUGAAUCAAAUAAAUAGAGAGAGAGAGAGAGAGAGAGAGAGAGAGAGAGAGAGAGAGAGAGAGAGAGAGAGAGAGAGAGAUUGGAGUACGUUUCUGAUUUUUAUCAUUAAAAUCUUCAUUCCAUUUAAAUUCUGAUAUGACCAUAUAAACUUUGAGUGUGUGUGUGUGUGUGUGUGUGUGUGUGUGUGUGUGUGUGUGUGUGGGUGGGUGUAAAGUGAGUCAAUUACAACAUCUAACCAGCACUUUAAGCACUAGGCUAUACCAAAACGACGAAGCGACCAACCUCCAAUAGCACAUUUUGAACUUUUUAUCAAUCUAUAUGGCAGCAACUAGCUCACUCAGCGCCGGCCAACCAGUCAGCCAUUCAAUCUGCCCUGUAUCAACCUCUCGCAUACCGUCACUCUGCUUCCCAUUCAUCCCUCACCUGAAGAUUUUACUAUACUUAGCCAGUGAACCGAAUAACCACUUCAUCUUUCCUUCAGCUUGCCUGCCAGCCGACACAAUAAAAGACUUGUUGGCUGGGAACGAGUCACUUAAUUGGCCACAUCGCAAUACAUCCCGGUGGCGAUAAGAAUGACAAAGAAACGACCGCGGUGAUUAUGGCGAACUAUCACAUGCACAUCUUUACAUGAAUUAAUUCAUCAUCAUUGUUGUUUUUAUUAGUUUUGUUAUUAGUUACUAUUAUUAUUAUUAUUAUUAAAAUUACUA